GACCUCGUUGUAAAUUAGAACAGAGCCGCGCCCAAAACCCCCCGAACCCUACUUCCCCACUCAUCUCCACCUCCCCGCCGGCGGCAAACGUACCAACCCUAAUCAGCGAGGUAGUCCUAACCGUAACCCCGCCGCAUACUCCUCCUCCUGUCCCACGAAGCCACACCACGCACUAGCUCCUCUCCCGGUCAGCCAUGGCGUCGGAGGACGAAGCGAAUGCGGCGGAGGCGGAGGCGCCGGAGGGGAAGCAGUGGCGGCGGAAGGGGAAGCACGACAAGCCUAAGCCGUGGGACGAGGACCCCAACAUCGACCACUGGAAGAUCGAGAAGUUCGACCCCGCGUGGAACGAGACCGGCAUGCUCGAAGUCAGCUCCUUCUCCACCCUCUUCCCCCAGUACCGAGAGAAGUACCUUCAGGAGGUUUGGCCGAUUGUCAAGGGCGCCUUGAAGGAGUUCGGAGUCUCGUGCGAGCUCAAUUUGGUGGAGGGAUCAAUGACUGUUUCGACCACCCGGAAGACCAGGGACCCCUACAUUAUUGUCAAGUCCAGGGAACUGAUAAAGUUAUUGUCACGGAGCGUCCCUGCACCUCAGGCAAUCAAAAUUCUCAAUGAUGAGAUGAGCUGUGAUAUUAUGAAGAUUGGUAGCCUUGUAAGAAAUAAGGAACGGUUUGUUAAAAGGAGAGAACGCCUUUUAGGCCCUAAUUUAUCUACCCUUAAGGCCAUUGAGAUUUUGACUGGCUGCUACAUCUUAGUGCAGGGAAACACGGUUGCAGCCAUGGGUUCCUUUAAGGGAUUGAAACAAGUUCGAAGGAUUGUAGAGGAUUGCUUAAAGAAUAUAAAGCAUCCAGUGUACCACAUCAAGGAACUCCUAAUCAAACGUGAGCUAGCUAAAAAUCCUUCUCUAGCCACUGAAAGCUGGGAUAGGUUUCUCCCAAAGUUCAAGAAGAAGAAUGUGAAGCAGAAGAAGCCUCAAACUAAGGAGAAGAAGCCAUACACACCCUUUCCGCCGCCUCAACAGCUUAGCAAGAUUGAUCUUGAACUUGAGAGUGGUGAGUAUUUCAUGAGUGACAAAAAGAAAUCAGCCAAGAAAUGGCAAGAGAAGCUGGAGAAGCAAGCAGGGAAAUCCGAAGAAAACAAAAGAAAGAGGGAGGCUGUGUUUGUUCCUCCAAAGGAGAACACUGCAGGUCCAUCUGAAUCUGACAAGACUACCAAUGACAAUAAUGAGAUAGCCGAUAUAGCCAAGUCCUUAAAGAAAAAGGCAAAGGAAUUCAGAAGGAAUGAGGCACAAGAAAAUGUCAGAGCUGAAUCCUAUCUCGCAAGUACUGAAGAACCACGCCCAAAAAAGAAGCACAAGUCAACCAAGUCCAAGUAGCCAUAACCCGAAUGCAUCACGAGAGUGGCUUCUAUGGUAAAUCUUCGCCAAAAGGACUAGUCGAGCCAUUUCUAUAAGUCGGCCGUGCAUACAAUUAACCCAUGAGAGUGCAAGAGUUUCUAUUGAAGAUGAUAGAACAAAAAUCUGAACAUUUUUUGCUCUUGAUGCAAAAGUUGCUCUGCACGGUUUGUGGUCUGUGGGCAGCUGUCCUCGGGCUGAUGAACAUCAACAAGUUUUGAGCCACUCGAUCUUGUAGUUAAAAGAUACAAAAUGAUAAAUUUAGCUAAGCUUAUGAUUUUGUUCGUCAU